UGCAAAACGUUUUGUAUGUGGAACAGAAACGUUACUUCAAACGUUCUUGAGUUCCGUUUUGUUCUCAAAAAAAAGAAGUUGUAGUUCAGUCAUGUCGCUUAAAAAAAUAAAUAAACGUAUGGAAGAGGUUGAAGAAACCCAGCACCUUCAGAGACGGCAACUUCGCAGACUAUUAUUCCGAUUGGAAUGGCAACGCGUGGAAACCAUACCAUUUCAAAGUGAACUACAACUUCCGUUUAAGUACCCAACAGUUUUUACGUUACGUCGAAAAAUCGGGUUUCACAAACGUAAACGUUAUGCAACAGAAUCGGUGUAAUGAAUACAUCCCCUGUUGUUGGGAGUCACAUGGAUCCGACGACCAGGCUGAAUCAUGGCGGAUGGAACAUGAAAGUGUUUUUUUGUAGUUUCCCAAACAUCAGCUGACCCCACCCAAACCCCUUACCACCACAAAUGCCAGGAUGAAGAGACUAGAGACUUUGUGCAUAGACCUUCAUAUGUCGUAAGGCUACAGGCGAGAACAGAGGAGCACCUGUGUUUGCUGUGAGUCAGUAACGUUACUGAACAUGGAUGAUAAACAGUGAGUAGGCUUAACUAGAUUACAUUCGACCCGACAUGGACAGGAAGCGCCCUAAACUGCUCAUCCUAAGGAGAGACGCAGUAGAGGGUAGGAUGGUGGCACGACACAUUGCUCUGGAGGAGGACACACCCCUGAGCCACGCGGCCAAUCAGGCUCCGGACCUCGGAGAGGGAGCCAAUCAGGGAGACCAGGCCGGGGCUGAAGAAGAGACCCGUGGUGAAGAGGUGCUGAUCCAGCUGGAGAGCGACAUGCUCCCUCUAGGAGCAGAGGUCCAGAUGCACACGGUCUCCAGUGAACGACUAGUUUUGGCCCAAGGGGCAAGGGAAGGAGGGAGGUGUCUGGAUGGGCCGCCUGGAGCCUGGUCUGAGCCCCUGGGGGAGGACGACAUUGACGAUGGGGAAGAGAUGGAGGAGCGUGAUAAUGAACAGAGACCGGCUCCUAAGCGCAGGUGGAGGUGGAAGGUUCCGGUACAGGCUGACGACGACUGGGAAGAUUGCUCCUCUUUAGGACCGGGCUGGAAGCGCAGAGUGGUGUUCCGACGCUCAACCACCCUGCCCGCUAAGAGGAAGUGGGACACAUACUACUGCAGUCCUUGUGGGGACCGCAUGAGGAGCAAGGUUGAACUGACCAAAUACCUCCGUGGUGGCAUGGACCUCUCUCGUUUUGACUUCCAGUCAGGACUCUUCUUGGAUGAGAAGAGCAGGUUGAAGCAUUUGAACCACUUGGAGGAAGUUCACUCCUCUAGUACGAGCACCUCCAGGACAGGCACUCCAGACCUGGACCGGAACCACACCCCCGAUGGCUUCCCUGGAACUCCCCAGCGCACACCACAGAGUCAGGCCAGCUUCCCGCACAUCACACAGUCCCCCACUGCUGUUAUCCACAACAGCCUCCCCACCACCCCUAAGCCAUCCCUGGCCAGUGGCUCCCCCUCUCUCCGUCUGGAGCAGAUCUCCCCACAGAGACUCAGUGCCAUGGCCUCUUCAAGCCGAGACGCGGUAAUCCCUCAUCUGUCUCAGUCUCUCCUGCCUCUCAGCCCGACCAACAACCAGCUCCUUCAGUCAGGACUACAACCACCUAGCCCAACCAAGAAUCCGCUCUCUCAAUUAGGACUACAAACCCCAGAGAGGCACAGGAAGGUAGUAGUGAUCCAUAGGCCGGAUGUGGAUCUGGACCCAAUCACCUCCCCUCCCCCUCAGCACCGUUCCCUGGUAACCCAGUGGACCCAACAGUGGAGUGGAUCUAAUAUUGUGCUGAAUGGACACAGAGAAAUGGACACAGAGAAACCAACUUGUACAGGUAGACGUGGACAGGCAGAGUCAGUGGAAGUAACGUCCCUUAGGCCAGGCUCCUACGGUGAGAGGAUUCAGCAGAUGAAAACAGCCAAUGACAAAGAUGCUGAGAAGAAACAGUCCCCAAGUAUUGUGUUCAGAAAGGUGGGAGGGGAUAAAUGGGUUCUAGGGGGGAAACAACUGGAGUUCAAAGAAGAGGAAUUCGGCAACAGCGGCAGGACUCCACUUUAUGCUAAGAUGAAGCGUAAGCGGGUUGGACACAAAUCAACCAAGGUCAGCAGGAGACCUAGUAUAUCGAGAAAAGCCAAGAUGAAAGAAUCUGUGAAAGAACUGGAAGAGGAGGAGGAGGAAGAAGAAGAGGAGGAGGAGGAGGAGGAGGAGGAGGAAGAAGUAGAAGAAAAGCCACAGAAGAUGAGGACUCCUCAACAGAAGGUUAAAGAGGAAGAAAAACAAGAGUUGAAACCACAGAGAAAGAAGGUACGGGUGAAAGAGAAGGAGGAGGAAGUAGAGUGGAAGCCAGAGAAAAUUGUGUAUAACCACAGCGAGGGAAGUGACUCUGAAGAGCCCCCGCAUGUACCCACUAACAUCUCACGUAUAACGGGUAAAUUGAAGAAGCGUACUCAGGGCUGUGGUCAGUGUGCUCCCUGUCAGCGUACAGAUUGUGGUAAAUGUGUCUACUGCCUGGACAAGCCCAAGAACGGCGGGGCCAACAAAAAGAAACAGAAGUGCAAGUACCGCCGCUGUCUUAAUAUGCCCACCAAAAGGGACUUAAUGGGAAGCUUUUUUAAGAAACACCUGACAGAAGACCCAGGUGGCCAGAGCGUUCCCAUUGGACUAGGAAGUGUACUUCCAGGAACUGUAGUAGGACGUGGAGCAGGAUAUGUACUAUUAGGAAGGACACUUUCAAAAUGGAGUAUGGUAAAACCAGGAAGUGGAUCAACAGUUGGGACAGGGAGGGGACGUGGUCGGCCCCCGAAACACUUCACCAAACGGAGGAGACGAGUAUGGAGCCAGGUCUCCACGAGUGAUACGACAGAGACGGACGAGACUGAGGAGGAAGAGGAACCAGUCUACACCGUUACCACCCAGUCGUUGGAGCACAGCCCUGGGGGAGGGGAUGGAGAAAGAUGGGCGGAACUACAGGAGUACGACGACGACGUGCCUGAACAAAUACCUCAGAUGUCUCCAUCCUAUAUGCCUGUAAACCCCGGUAGUGGUGAACCCUACCCCAGCAGCUGUGUUCAGCCCUACCCGCAGAGCUGUUACCGGGGCGACCAUGGCAACCUCCAGUUCAUCAGGAUGAACGGCAACCAAAUUACCAUCACCCCUGGCCCCAGCCUCGCUUCUCAGGCCUCCGCAGUCCUGGAGCCUGCAAUAGAACCCCCGACAGUUAACUACAUGACAUCUGAACCAACCGCUGUGCAGCAACUAGGUCCACCUCUGCACCAGCCCCUUACUGAGCCCUCGUCAACGUACAGUAUGAGCAGGACGGAGACGGACCCACUGGAAUACACCGAGGAGGAACAGCUAGUAGAGCUGUACGCCGAGAUACCUCGAACCGUCAUCCACCUCGGACCACCUGACCUGCCAGAGGUCACGGGGUCAAAGGUCAUGCCCGGGUUGACCACCGAGGUCAUCCAUGAUGUCACUCUUGAUGAUGUCACUCCAGAGAUCACAGAGACCUUCAGUCUGGCCAACGGCAGCGAGUCCUGUCGUGACGAGAGGGAGGCAGCUCUGUUUGGGUUCCUGAGGGCCCUGCGCCGCACGGUGCUACCAGCCCACUGGGUAGGGGUCAUGGCCAGGGGACCUCUAAUACAACUCCUCCAGUGCUCUAAACUCUCUACCAUGGCUGACACAGUUCUCCAGAUCCAACCUGGCUUCUGCUUCCAGGUGACGGUACAGGGCCAGCCCCUGCUGCUGACCCACCCCCUGUAUGAGGUCCACCCUCCCCGCCUCGGAACCAUCACCCAGCUGGUGACUCUGCUGCUGGAUCUGGAGACCCUGAUGGUCUGCCCCGGAUUCCCCGUCAGGCUGCCCGCCCUGGGGGACAGGGGCAUGGAGGUGAUGGAGCCGGUUCUUUGUGUGAGGGCGGCCAUCUGUGAACUGCUGGUCCCUCUGGAGGAGGAGAGGUGUGAGAGGUGUCGAGACAACAUCGUGGAGGAGGACCUGGAACUUAUAGAGGAAGAGGACCUGGAACUUAUAGAGGAAGAGGACCUGGAAUUUGAGCUGGAGUUGGGGGAGGAUGGGUGGGUGUGACUGGAGUGGGUUUGAACCCCCGGGACAAGACUGUGUUAGCCUGCUGAGCUAAAUCCUAAACUUGUGUUGGCCCACGAAGCCAUAACUCUAGGCAGGUUUACUUGUUAUGCAAGUGUGGUUCACGGAACCAACUAAAUACAGGGACCCAAGGCCAGGUUGCUCAUCAUACCAGCUCGGUUCACCGUACAGGAUUUUGUUUUUGGAGAACCAGGACGUGGAUUGGUGCGCCUCCAACCAACGCAGAAGUGCCUGCGUGUGAUUGACAUUUAAAUUUGGUGCUUUUAGAAAUAGAAUGGCUAGAAAAGCAUUCUAUUCAUUGUAUUUCUAUGACUAUAAUUUUGACUUUACUUAUGGACAUGACUGUCUUCCAGCACAUCACUGGUAGUUUACCAUUAGAUCAGGCAGACCAGUACUGCUUUUUACUUCUGCAUUUGACACUUAAUGCUGUUGGCAUUAAAACAAAUGAAAGUUCUCAACACGCGGCAACUGGCAUAUCAACAUGACUACUAUUUAG